AUGUCGCUCAAGCGAAAAGGGAGAAAAGCUUCGAUUGACUUGAGUAACAUCAUCAAACGCGACUUCUCAUAUCUUGCGCCGAACCCUGAUAGCGCCAACCGGCCAUUAUGGAUUGACCCCGACAAAGGAUACAUCAUUCUUGAACGCUUUCAUCCUCUGGCGGACUUAGCCACUGACUUCCUCGUUACUAUCGCGGAGCCUCAAUCCAGGCCUGCUUUUCUUCACGAGUACAAGAUCACGCCGCAUAGUCUCUACGCCGCUGUCUCUGUUGGUCUGAAUGGUGAAGAUAUUAUCAACACUCUUGACAAGUUUCUCAAAACGGAACUUCCGCAAACGAUCAAGGAGUUCAUCAGAUCGUGCACCAAGAGCUAUGGAAAGGUCAAGCUGGUUUUGAAGAGCAAUAAAUAUUUCGUCGAGAGCAGCGACGCAGAUGUUCUUCAGACUUUGCUCAAAGACAGCAUUAUCGGUCCCCUUCGAGUGAGCGACUCUGAUGAGAUUACCACAGUGCGUGCGCCUGCGCUGGGUGGCUUGGUUAUUCCUGGAACAAAGAACGCGGCGGGGGCUCAGCAAGCAGACCUCCCACAAAACACAGACAAAGAGCCGGAUCACAUUGAGGCCAUUCUGAAUGAUGAAGACAACGAUGAUGAGACAGAAGCAGUCCAUGCUUUCGAGAUUCCCGACAGCGCCGUUGAAAGCGUGCAAAAGCGCUGCCUGGACCUGUCCUACCCCAUCCUAGAAGAGUACGACUUUCGUUGCGACAACGUCAACCCCGACUUGGAUAUCGAUCUUCGCCCAAACACCCAAAUCAGACCUUAUCAAGAAAAGAGUCUCAGUAAGAUGUUCGGCAAUGGUCGCGCCAAAAGCGGCAUCAUCGUUCUCCCAUGCGGCGCAGGGAAAACCCUCGUCGGCAUCACAGCAGCAUGCACCAUCCGAAAAGGCGUCAUCGUUCUCUGCACAAGCUCAGUCUCUGCUGUACAAUGGCGCAAUGAGUUCCUCAAAUGGUCAAACAUUAACCCCGAGGACAUCACAACCUUUACGUCCGACAGCAAGGAGAAGUUCUCUGGAAGUACCGGUGUUAUUGUGACGACGUAUUCAAUGGUUACGAAUAGUCGCGAGCGCGCUCAUGACUCAAAGAAAAUGAUGGAUUUCCUGGCAGGACGGGAAUGGGGGUUGAUGCUUCUUGAUGAGGUACAUGUCGUUCCGGCGAAUAUGUUUCGACGUGUCAUCUCGUCGAUUAAAACGCACUCUAAGCUUGGACUUACUGCCACGCUGCUUCGUGAGGAUGACAAGAUCGAUCAUCUCAACUUCCUCAUCGGGCCGAAGUUGUACGAAGCAAAUUGGAUGGAACUGUCGCAGCAGGGGCAUAUCGCCAAGGUGCAAUGCGCUGAGGUCUGGUGUUCCAUGCCGACUGUCUUUUACGAGCAAUACCUAAAGGUCUCGUCUCGCAUGAAACGAACACUAGCCGCUAUCAAUCCGUCCAAAUUCCAGGCUUGCCAAUUUCUUAUUAAUUAUCAUGAAGCGCGCGGGGAUAAGAUCAUCGUCUUCUCUGAUGAGCUUUAUUCCCUCAAGCUGUAUGCAUACAAGCUGAAGAGGUACCUUAUUUACGGGGGAACAAGCCAAGAGGAGCGACUCAGGGUUCUUGACCAUUUCCGUCACAACCCCGAGGUGAAUACGCUAUUCCUCUCCAAAAUUGGGGACACAUCGCUCGAUCUCCCCGAAGCAACGUGCCUUAUCCAAAUAUCCUCACAAUUCGGCUCCCGCCGUCAAGAGGCACAGCGCCUCGGCCGUAUCUUGCGGGCAAAACGGCGAAACGAUGAGGGCUUCAAUGCCUUCUUUUACUCUCUCGUCUCCAAAGACACGUCUGAAAUGCACUUUGCGUCAAAGCGGCAAGCCUUCCUCAUUGAUCAAGGCUACGCGUUCAAAGUCAUCACCAAGCUAUAUGGUAUCGAAAAGACGCCCGAUCUCGCAUUUUCUACUGCCUCCGAACAAAAGGAGUUGCUUCAAGGCACGCUAGUCGAUAACGAAACUUCUGUCGAUGAUGAAUUUGCUGCGGGUGAUCUCUGGGGCCAGGAGAAGACCGGGGGAAAGGGCGGAAAAGCCAAGGGGGAGAACACGGUGAAGCGCGUCGCGGAGUAUCUUGAUCAGCUUAGUGGUGUGCAGGACAUGGCGUACAUUGAACGGAAUACCUCUGCUAACAAGGGUCUGAAGAGCAAAAAGGGUGAAAAGAGCGACUUCUUCAAGAAAAUCGACAGAGAGAACAAGCGACGGAAGAACAAGUGA